AUGGAUUCAAAGAAAUUAUUUAUCACAACCCUCCACAGAAAGAGAGAAAAUAUCUUCCACCGUCUCUUGAUGGAAGAUCAACGCGUAGAGAAGAAAAGUGAACUACCAACCGACUUAUUAGUAGACGUACUAUCGAGGCUCCCUGAGAAGACUCUUUGCAGGUUCACCUGUGUUUCCAAAGAAUGGAAUAGCUUGAUAUCUUCUCCUCAUCCUGGCUUUGUCAAAGCUUUGCGCCACCAACGACUUCAUCGAAAAUCUUAUCUAUAUAUUUGGGAUAGAAGUAUUUUCGGCGGAUACGUUAAAUCUCUUCACGUAUCCAUCGUGGACACAGUUAACGAAAGGAUUCAGGAAAAUUACUGUCUCCCUAUUAAGAAUGCUUGUAUUUAUUCCGUAAUCUCGUGUCAUAAUUUUUUAUGUUUCGUUCAGACAAAAAUUUCUAUUUGUAAUCUGAAUACCCAAGAGAGAGCAAUUCUUCCUGAUCAUGCUCCUACUGAUCAUCUUGGUCAUGUACGUAUAGGUUUAGGGUACUCAUCUGUUGGAAAAGAAUUCAAAAUUGUUGGGUGGUAUACGCAGAAGAAGGAUGGCAUGGGGUAUUCGUGGAGAUUGACUGAAACGCAUCCUUUUGAAUUCCUUAGCGAGCAUUCUGUGUGUGUAAAUGGAGUGAUUUUUUGGCAGAUACUUAACACAAUGUUGGAGAAUUUUUUCGAAUGCAUUUCUCUUCUUGCCUUGGAUUUGGAUGAGGAAGAAUCCCAAAUCAUUUUAAGCCCAAAGCUCAGUACUGAUACCGUUGCCUACUUGGUAGAGUUAAAGGAGUGUUUAUAUUUGGCACAUUGUUCCAAAGGAAAAGCAAUUGUGAAAAUGUGGAGGCUGGAAGACCAAAAAAAUAGUUUGUGGAUUUCAGAAUAUUACAUCAAUUUUUCAUCUAUAUGCAACGCCAUUGUGCCACUAUCAAGUGUAUUGGUUGGUCAUGUUGAAGAGCUGGUUUUUAUUUCAAUAAAAGGCAAAGGUCUGCUUUAUUAUAAUGUAGAAUCAUGUACAAUUAGAAAACCGGAAAACUUGGAGAAUUUUACACUGCUAUGGUAUGCCUUUCCUUGUGUUUUGAAGAAUAUGGAGUUCUAA